AGUGGCGGGAGGAAGUUACUACGCUUGGUUUGUUUGGGCCCUUCCGGGUCGACGCAGACAAGUUAACUCUUACACGCCUUGGAAAAGAUACGUCUGUGCGGGGAAUGGCGCUCAAAGGAAGGCGUGAAGCUGCUACAGGAAAACACCAACAAUGCAGGGAAGAGCCACCAAAAUAAGAGGGCGACACAGGAACUACAACACUGCACACAGGAAAACGCCCAAAAACUCAAAAUAAGUGAGCACGGGUGUUGUGCCGUGAGAGAGGAGACUCAAACAGGACAAGAAGACGAUAAGGAUAAUGACUGUAACGACUUCCUUUGCACCCCGCCCCGCGACAUCACUUCCAACACAACACUGAGAGGACAUCAAGUGUCGCUGUUUGAUCAGGAACUGGUGUGCGUACGUGCUGACGCGCACCGUCAGCUGUGUGAUGGAGGACGGCGUGGAGACCUACAUCAAGCCCGACUAUCAGCGCUGCACCUGGGGACAGUGUCCUCGAGUGGCGUACCGGACGUACCGGAGGCCGAGGUACAAGGUGGCCUACAAGAUGGUGACAGAGAUGGAGUGGAAGUGUUGCCAUGGAUACUCGGGGGAGGACUGCCACGAAGGGCCGAGGGCAACAACCGACAGCAAGCGGCCCGGCGUCACGCAGACGGGCGACACACCCGGCGGCGGUGGAGAAAGUGGAGAGGGUGACAGGGAGAAGGUGAGGAAGCUUGAAGAGACCAUCAGCCGCCUGACCAAAGACCUCCACAGCAUGCAGACUUCCAUCCAUGAUGUGGACCAGAGGCUUAGAUCCCGACUGAAUGGAGCUAUUGUGCCCGCGGACUCAGCCCAGCCGCACAUGAAGGAGACCAUCAACAACAUUCACAACAAGCUGGACCAUCUGUACAACAAGACCCAGGUCCAUGACCAGACCCUGGUCAACAUCAACAACCACUUGGAGAAUGGAGGCGGCAACGAGCUGGACGGAGACGCCGUCGGAGGAGGAGGAGCUAAAGGGAAGCAGCUGACGACGCUGAAGGAAGAAAUACUGACGGAGUUGGAGAGAAGAGUGACUCUGUCCUGCUCCGCCUGCCAGGCUGGCGUGGAGGAUGUGAGACGGCAGCAGGAGUCGGACAGAGAAAGAGUGCGAGCGCUGGAGAAGCGGAUCAACUCCAUGGACCAACAUUUUAGGCAGAGCCUGCAGGUCCUUCAAAGUGAGACGGAGCAGUCCCAGACGUGCUGCAAGACAGUCAGUGAGCUGGAGAAGAGAUUGUCUGACCUGGACGGCCAAGUCACCGCCACUGCCAACAAGUGUGACACCAUCAAGGGGCGCCUGGACAAAGAGCUGGCUGGAACCGGGGGAGGGAAGGGAAGAGUGACUGAGGACAGGUUGAACGGCAAACUGCGGGAGUUUGAGAAGAGGGUGAAUAACACGGUGAGAAAAUCUGAACAGAAGUGCAUCAACACUGGGAACAACCUGAAGGACGGCGUCCAAAGAGACGUGACGCAGCUACGCAACGUGGUCCUCAGUCAACUGGAUGAGCACAGAUUCAAAAUCGGGAAGCUAGAGCUUGAUGUGUCUGUCCUUGGGGACACGGUUACAGACCACAGUCGACGUCUGAGCCAGCUGGAGAACAUCACAACCUUCCUGGACAGGAGGUUAACGGCGACUUCAAAAGUGUGUAACGACACAUGCGGGCUGAAGGACAAAGAACGCAAGACCGAAGACACCGUCAAAACCUUGGAAUGGAGGGUCGUGGCUAACCAAGGGGAAAUCCAGAAAUUUAACACGAGAUUAAAUGACUUGUCCGUGUCGGGUGACUCACUGGCAGACAGGGUCGAAAACUUAACAGAUGAUGUGACAAAAAUCAUUGGUAUGACCGGAAAGGACGGUGAACACUUCAACAGGAUCGUCUCAGAGGUUGACACGCUGAGCCAGGAUUGGGAAGACUGUUCCGUCUGCGCCAGUGUUGACGAGGACUUACGUCUGCUGGCCAACUCCACCGCCGUCGCGCUCAGCAAGUGUCAGACCGAAGUGGACGAUCUGCGGAGAACGGUGGAUUCAGGCGAAACGGUGUGCUCUCAGGUGUGCUCGAACCUUCAAGAAGAGGUGGGGCGGCUCAGAGAAGAAGUGGAGGAGAACAAUGCUCAGUGCAAUAUCAACAUUGACGACCUGACCAAUCGCCUUGACGGUCACCAUGACCACAAUGGGAGAUUAGGAGGCGAUCUGAAGUCCAUCCAAGGAGAGUUAUCUAAAGUGAUGAUCACGUUCGGCUCCAUCAACAACACACUCAGAGGCAUGGGAACGACGAUACAAACCCAUGGGAACACCAUCAAUGAUCUGACCCACACUAAGGACAGGAUCCACUCUCAGGUGGACAUUUUGAAGAAGGACCUGUGGGACCACAUUGACGACUCCAGCGUUCGAUUGGACAGUCUUGGCAAAGACAUAGAAGUGAUCAGGAGUAACUUUGUGACGGAAGUCGGCGAGUGUCGGCGAGCCAGCGACGGCUUGGAGGGACGACUCACCAAGCUGGAAGGAGUUUGCAGACGCUUUGACUCUUUUUCAGACAGCCUGCAGACGAUUAAGGAGGGCCUGAACCAACACGUGUCGGCUUUGUGGAACUGCGUCAACAGACUCAACGUGACAGUCACGUCUCAAGGAGGUCUUAUCGAUAAUAUCCAGAAUGUCCAGCUGGAAAAAGUCUAUGGGAACAUACACAGGCUGAACUCGUCUCUGCUGGACUUGAAGAAGGAGUUCUAUGAGUUCACAGAACAGGAUUUCACGGGCCCACCUGGUCUGGCUGGUCCCAGAGGAGAGCGAGGAGCGCCUGGAGCUCAGGGAGCUGCGGGACCCCAAGGAAGGGUGGGACCCCCGGGUGAAAUGGGCAAACAAGGACCGGCUGGACCACCAGGCCUGAGAGGUGAACAAGGUUUUGCAGGGUCAGACGCCCACGUGCCCCGCCUCUCCUUCUCCGCCGCACUGACUCGACCAAUGAGAGGAGCGGGAACUAUUGUGUUCAACCAAGUCUUUGUCAAUGAAAACAACGUCUAUGACCCCAAAACAGGUUAUUUCACGGCCCCCGUCAGAGGAAGGUAUUUCUUCAGCGCUAUCCUGACCGGCCAUAAGAACAUGAAAAUCGAGGCGGUGUUGUCCAAGUCCAAUACGGGUGUGGCUCGGGUGGACUCUGCCGGGUAUCAGCCAGAAGGUCUAGAAAAGCCAAUGGCGGAAGCCAAACACAUUCCUGGCGCUCUGGCGGUCUUCAACGUCAUCCUGCCCAUGGAGGCGGGGGACACGGUCUGUAUCGACCUGGUCGCUGGCAAGCUGGCUUACUCCUCGGAACCUUUGACCAUCUUCAGUGGGACGUUGCUGUACGAGAACUUCUGAUCCAAGAGCACGUGGACUCCAUGUAACGGACAAUUCAGAGUUCUUUGACGUUUCCAUUCCACUCAUUUGUGCUUUACAGCUUUAAGAGAACACUUUUCUCUCAAAAUGUCGGGAGUUGUUACCAAAAACUUGAAUUAUUUUGUGACAACAGAGCCCUCAGGUGUAGUGAAUGAAGUUAAAAUUAUUAUUAUUAUUUUUUUCCAUGUCCCCUCAUUUUUUUCUAAUGAUGAAGUCUGUCUUCAGUUAGUCAAGGAUUGAGCGAAUGGAUUGGUUGGAGUCUGAUUCAAGCUGGCGGUGGAAUGGUCAGACGUUAAAGUUGAGCAGGUGUGUUUGCAGGAUAGUCUGUCAAUAGUAGUCAAACAUUCCUUUGUGCAGACAAAUAGUCUCACGGAUCUUAGCUCGUGUCCCCGCUUACAAAGUCUACAUCAGUUCAGAACUCUUCUGCAUGACUCGCAACUCUCCUCCUAAACACUAGAGGCAGUGUUUUCCUGAGUCACAAACCACACCUCUUGUUGACUAUUAGCUUCUUGUGUGUAGUAGCUGUCGUGAACUACAUUUUUCUACGUAGGCCAUAGCGAUUUCUUCUUCUGCGGAGGCGACAUAUAUUUCUUCUACUUUGUUAGCGACGGCUAUUUCUUCUUCUAUGUAGGCUACAGAUAUUUCUUCUUCUUUGUUGGUUACGGCUAUUUCUUCUUCUAUGUUUGCGACAGAUAUUUAUUCUUCUUUGUUGGUGAUAGCUUUUUCUUCUUCUACGUAGGCAACGGCUAUUUCUUCUUCUUCAUUUGCGACAGAUAUUCUUCUUUGUUGGCGACGGCUAUUUUUUCGUCUACGUUGGCGACAGCAAUUUCUUCUUCUUCGUCGGCACGGGCUAUUUUUUCUUUUAUGUUGGCAAAAUAUACAUAUAUUUUUAUUUUUAUUGGUUGGUGACGGCUAUUACUUCUUCGUUUGCGACAGAUAUUUCUUCUUUUUUGUUGGCGAUGGUUAUAUUUUUCGUCUACAUUGGCGACAGCAAUUUCUUCUUCAUUGGCAAGAGCUAUUUUUUCUUUUAUGUUGGCGAAAUAUAUAUAUAUUUUUUUCUUGGUUGGCAACGGCUAUUACUUCUUUUUCGUUUGCGACAGAUAUUUAUUCUUUGUUGGCGACGGCUAUUUUUUCUUCUAUGUUGGCGAAAGAUAUUUCUUCUUUGUUGGCGACAGCUAUUUUUCCAUCUAUGUUGGCGACAGCAAUUUCUUCUUCUUCGUUGGAAAGGGCUAUUUUUUCUCCUAUGUUGGCGAAAUAUAUUUCUUCUUCUUUGUUGGCAAUGGCUAUUUUUGUCUAAUGUUGGCGACAGCAAUUUCUUUUUAUUCGUUGGCAAGAGCUAUUUUUUAUUUUAUGUUGGCGAAAUAUAUUUAUUCUUCUUCGUUGGCGACAGCUAUUUUUUCUUCAAUGGCGACAGAUAUUUCUUUUUUGUUGGCGACAGAUAUUUCUUCUUCUUUGUUGGCGAUGGCUAUUUCUUCCUCAAUGUUGGCGAAAGAUAUUUCUUCUUCUUUGUUGGUGACGGCUAUUUUAUCGUCUACAUUGGCAACAGCAAUUUCUUCUUCUCCGUUGGCAAGGGCUAUUUUCUCUUCUAUGUUGGCGAAAGAUAUUUCUUCUUCUUUGUUGGCGACGACUAUUUUUUCGUCUAUUGUUGGCGACAGCAAUGUCUUCUUCUUCGUUGGCAAGGGCUAUUUUUUCUUCUAUGUUGGCGACAGCAAUUUCUUCUUCUCCGUUAGCAAGGGCUAUUCUUUCUCCUAUGUUUGCGAAAGAUAUUUCUUCUUCUUUGUUGGCAACGGCUAUUUUUCGUCUAGUGUUGGCGACAGCAAUUUCUUCUUAUUCGUUGGCAAGGGCUAUUUUUUCUUUUAGGUUGGCGAAAUAUAUUUAUUCUUCUUCGUUGGCGACGGCUAUUUUUUCUUCAAUGGCGACAGAUAUUUCUUCUUUGUUGGCGAUGGCUAUUUCUUCUUCAAUGUUAGCGAAAGAUAUAUCUUCUUCUUUGUUGGUGACGGCUAUUUUUUCGUCUACGUUGGCGACAGCAAUUUCUUCUUCUUUGUUGGCAAGGGCUAUUUUUUCUUCUAUGUUGGCGAAAUAUAUUUCUUCUUCUUUGUUGGCGAGGGCUAUUUUUUCGUCUAUUGUUGGCGACAGCAAUUUCUUCUUCUUCGUUGGCAAGGGCUAUUUUUUUCUUCUAUGUUGUCAAAAUAUAUUUAUUCUUCUUCAUUGGCGACGGCUAUUUUUUUUCCUAUGUUGGCAACAUGUAUUUCUUGUGGUCUGGCAUUGAAACUAUGGCGACAGAUAUUUCUUCUUUGUUGGUGACAGAUAUUUCUUCUUCUUUGUUGGCGACAGAUAUUUCUUCUUUGUUGGUGACAGAUAUUUCUUCUUCUUUGUUGGCAACAGAUAUUUCUUCUUCUUUGUUGGCGAUGGCUAUUUCUUCCUCAAUGUUGGCGAAAGAUAUUUCUUCUUCUUUGUUGGCGACGGCUAUUUUUUCGUCUAUUGUUGGCAACAGCAAUGUCUUCUUCUUCGUUGGCAAGGGCUAUUUUUUCUUCUAUGUUGGCGACAGCAAUUUCUUCUUCUCCGUUAGCAAGGGCUAUUCUUUCUCCUAUGUUUGCGAAAGAUAUUUCUUCUUCUUUGUUGGCAACGGCUAUUUUUCGUCUAGUGUUGGCGACAGCAAUUUCUUCUUAUUCGUUGGCAAGAGCUAUUUUUUCUUUUAUGUUGGCGAAAUAUAUUUAUUCUUCUUCGUUGGCGACGGCUAUUUUUUCUUCAAUGGCGACAGA